GAUGGGAAGGGAAGUGUAGUUGUGCAUGAGAUGGAAAAGAGGUUUGACUUUUUUGUUCUUCUCUUUGAACCAAUCCAAUCCAAUCCCGUGUUGUUUUGUUGAAUGAAUUCUUAGUUUGUAUAUAAAAAGAUACAAUAGUGGAUGUUGCCUUGCAAAUAAAUUCCUCUUAUCAACCGCAUUACCUUCCCCUUCCAUCCCGUGAAUAUUACACCUUUCGUUUCUUGUCUUGAAAUCCUUAUAAAUUUUCUUUCUUGAUCUAUUUUUCCUUGAAAGGCAACAGCUUGUUUGGAAAUCUAGAUUUUCUUCAUGAAUCAAGCUUUAUCCUUUGUUUUUUGGUUUAAAUUCUGUUGAGAGAUUUGAUCAUUUGUAGCUGAAGUUUGUAUCUUCCAAGCUAAUUUCAAAUACCCUUUCCUGUUUUCGUCUAAAGAUCAGAUUUCGAUUGAUCUAAUCAUCCAAUUCCGUUUUUUUUUUCCCUUGAAAUUCAAGUACCCCACAAAGGGACAGAAGAAACAUCCUCUUUAUAAUUUUUCUUUUAUUUUUUUGAAUCAUGGGUAAUUGUUGUGUAACACCACCAGGAGUCCCUGAUCAUGAGAAAAAGAAGCACAAGAAGAAACAAAACCCAUUUGCCUUAGAUUUUGGGCACCAUAAUAGAGGCACGAAUCACAAGCUGAUUGUGUUAAGAGACCCAACGGGAAAAGAAAUUGAGCAAAGAUAUGAACUUGGCAGAGAACUAGGCAGGGGUGAAUUUGGAAUCACAUACUUGUGUACUGAUAAGGAGACUGGUGAGAAUUUUGCUUGCAAAUCUAUCUCUAAAAAGAAGUUAAGGACAGCUGUUGAUAUAGAGGAUGUGAGGAGAGAAGUGGAGAUCAUGAAACAAAUGCCUCAGCAUCCUAAUCUUGUGACCUUGAAGGAUACUUAUGAGGAUGAUAGUGCAGUUCAUUUGGUGAUGGAGUUGUGUGAAGGAGGAGAGUUGUUUGAUAGGAUUGUGGCUAGAGGACACUACACUGAGAGGGCUGCUGCUGCUGUUACGAAGACCAUUGUGGAGGUUGUUCAGAUAUGCCACGAACAUGGGGUGAUGCAUAGGGAUCUAAAACCCGAGAACUUUUUGUUCGGAAACAAGAAGGAGAAUGCACCUUUGAAGGCAAUUGAUUUUGGAUUGUCAGUGUUUUUCAAACCUGGUGAAAGAUUUACUGAGAUAGUCGGAAGUCCAUACUACAUGGCACCUGAAGUGCUAAAGAGGAAUUAUGGCCCAGAAGUGGAUGUCUGGAGUGCUGGUGUAAUACUUUAUAUCUUACUUUGUGGUGUUCCACCCUUCUGGGCAGAAACUGAACAGGGAGUUGCACAAGCAAUUAUCAGGUCAGUUAUUGAUUUUAAGAGGGAUCCCUGGCCCAAAGUUUCUGAAAAUGCCAAAGACCUUGUGAGAAAGAUGCUUGAUCCUGACCCAAAGCGCCGGCUUACAGCACAGCAAGUGCUAGAUCACCCUUGGUUGCAGAAUGCAAAGAAGGCUCCUAAUGUUUCUUUAGGUGAAACAGUAAGAACAAGGCUCAAGCAAUUUUCUGUUAUGAACAAACUCAAGAAAAGAGCUCUGAGGGUAAUAGCUGAGCAUUUGUCAGUGGAGGAAGUUGCUGGCAUAAAGGAGGGAUUCCAACUGAUGGAUACUGGCAACAAGGGCAAGAUUAACAUUGAUGAGCUAAGAGUUGGAUUACAAAAACUUGGCCAACAGGUUCCUGAGAUUGAUCUUCAAAUUUUAAUGGAAGUGGGUGAUGCAGAUCGAGAUGGCUAUCUUGACUACGGAGAAUUUGUGGCUAUUACUGUUCACCUGAGAAAGAUGGGGAAUGACGAACACCUUCGCAAAGCCUUUGAAUUCUUUGAUCAAAACCAAAGUGGGCACAUAGAAAUCGAUGAGCUAAGAGAUGCCUUGGCUGAUGAAGUUGAUGGAAGUAAUGAAGACGUUAUUAAUGCUAUAAUUCAUGAUGUGGACACAGAUAAGGAUGGAAAAAUAAGUUACGAGGAGUUUGCCGCAAUGAUGAAGGCUGGCACAGAUUGGCGGAAAGCAUCAAGGCAGUAUUCACGAGAGCGGUUCAACAAUCUGAGCCUGAAACUAAUGAAGGAUGGAUCAUUAAAAUUGACCAGUGAGGGUAGAUGACUCAACAAGAAUUAAACUGUAUAAUCUGUGUUAUUUCCCCAUAUCUUAUUUUAUUAUUUAAAAAAUCUUUAUAUUUAACUAGGACUCGUGCCCUAGUUGUGGUUUUUUGGUGUUGCAAUGUUUUAUUUGUUUGUUGUGGGAGUGAUGAGAAAAAAAGCGGUGGUGAGAGAUCGAAGGAGCUGUGUUGUAAAUAGUGUUAAACUGUUAAUACCAUUAUCAAAUUCAUCAUCUAGCAAUUGUUGGGUGUAAAUUUAACCA